GCGCAGAAGGACUCUGUCGAGUCAGCUGGCCAGGCCUCUAUGCGUCACUCUGCCCACUCUACCACUCUUGACUCCGCCUCUCACCUUCUCUGGAUUGCAGACACAGGGGCCACUUCUCAUAUGACACCUCAUAAACACUGGCUUUGCAACUACACCCCAAUGAGAGUCGCUGUUCGUCUUGCAAACGAUCACAUUGUCUACUCUGAGGGUGUAGAGUCAGUGGUGUUUGCUCCAGAGGUUAAGGGGAAGCUAGUGCGCGAGCUGGAGCUCAGUAGAGUGUUCAAUCAGGGAGGCAUGCUGCAUCAGGGGGGAGUGUUAUUUCCUGUGUUGUAUGUGAUGCUACAGCUUCUCUGCCUUAUCAUCAUUCUUCUCUCCCAUAUCUCUAUAUCCUGGAAUAUCCUCAUCCUUUUCGCUGUUUUCCUUCGCUUUCUAUUCACAGUAGACCACUACUUCAUCUGCUUCAGUGUCAGGCUUGGAUCUGAUUAG